GUUAAUUUUUGUCAUUGUCACUGUCACUUCACGAUUUAUUUCACAAUCCACAUUCCAAAGUGUGAUAUCUGGUUACAGAAACAGAUUAAUCUUACUAAUGUUUUAAGAUCAAUCUCUGAAAAAUAUGACAAGGAAAUCUAGAAGAAAUCCUCGACUAGAAUAUGCCACAUAGUGACCCAGCCAGAAGAAGAAAAACCUUGUUUUCAAAUUCAGUGUAUCCCAAGAACCACGACGAAGCAGGUACGUUCGUGUGUGAAAAAAUCAAAACCAUGAGCACCCAGACCAAUUUCAAUUCUUCGACAACGGUGAAUUUGAGUAAAUCGCCCAAUAAGGUGCAAGUUUACAGGGAAACGCAAACCCAGACCAGCAAAACUGUGAUAUCAUUAGAUUGCCCCAAAAGCAGUGUUGGUGACUUCUCCCCUGACAGUUUGAGUCCCAGAUUCGAUAACUACAAAGAGGAACUGAGCCCUAGAAGCAAAAACGAUAAAUUCCCUUUCAGCCUUCACAGUUUCCGCAGCCCUAGGUACAACUUUGGGAAACAACGCGAUGAUAUAACUCCACAGCAGAGCAAGAGAAAUCAGGAGUCUUCGACGAACCCAGAAGAUUCGGCUGAUAGACCACUUCAGCUUGGAUCCAACCAAGGUUUUACUGUAAAGGAAAAAAUUACCAAAGGGCAGAACGCGAGCAGUUCGAGGCUUGCUUCGUCAAGCAAGAAACUUCUUACUCCUCGAGCACUAGAUCCAUCACCAGUUUAUCUAGAAAGUAACUUGGUUAAGGAAUGUGAAGCAGAGAAACCGACAAAAUGUUGCGGGGACGUGUUAGAUCCUCAGCCUACUGGGAGUAAACUCAGCAAUGUACCAUCCCACAAGAGGAAACAGGCUAUCAAUUAUCUGGACCAGUGCGAAGGUUGCCACCAGUGCGAAAUGUGCGAGAAAAGACAGAAGGAACUGCUGUCUGGAAACGUCCUGACGAAAACGUUCUUGGAGAAGAAUCGUAGCAAGUUAAGAGGGUACUCAUAUUCGGACAGAACUAACUACGGUAGCAAUAAGCUGAAGAGUCAGUCCUACGUGGAGAGUCUACAGUUAUCCUUGGAAUCACCUCGCAUGCGUGGAAAAACUAGGAUACCCGUAGCGAGGACAGCCAUGAAAAAUGCGGAUGAAAAAUAUACGGAGUGUACUAGGCCGCUUCAUAAUCUUUGCCACCCGUCAUUGGCGAGCAACUUGGACGAAAUCUCGCAGAUGGAAAUGAAAGCGAAAAGCUACUCUUUCAUGUCUCCGACGAUUUCCAGCGAGCGUAAAGACAAGAGCAUCGAAAUCAAGUGCUUGGGGAAGCUUAUAUCACCGACUCGAAGAGGCAGGUCCACCAGCCCAGAACACGAUUUCAAAGCCGGCGAUGCUGGUAAAGUGCCAUACAUCGACAAAAGUGACAUCACAUUCGACAAAACCAGGAAGGAGUCCAAGCUCAGCGUGAAAUCGUCUUGUAAUGAAACAGCUUCUAAUACCUCAACUGGGUCCACGGAAAAUGCACUUUUCCAGGCGAUCGGAAAACUCAGAGACGAAAACUGGAAUACUGCGUUGCGAGGCCUAGCCGAGGUCGUAGAAAUAUGCAGACUGGUAGAUUCUGAAUUGGUUUUUCCUCACAUGACGAUCAUAAAUCAGAGACUGGUCGAGCUGAUCAAGAGUCCCAGGUCACAUGUUUGCAGGACCUCCUGUCAGGCCGUUGGACACCUUUUCGAAUUCAUCAAAGAUACAAGAAGACCGGAGUUCGACGAACUGGUAGACACGCUGCUUUGUAAGUGCGCCGACUCCAACAAAUUCAUCCGGCACGACGCCAACUUAGCGCUCGACUGCAUGGUGACGCACGUGCCGACCUUUCACUCGGUGCGGGCGGUGACGUCCAAGGCACCCGAUCACAAGAACCCUUUGGUGCGCACGGCGGCCGCCCGGCUGCUCGUCUGCGCUUUGGUCCUGCACGGGCCGCCCAACGUGCUGCACCCGCAGAGCAACGAGUACACCAGGCGCAGGGUGGUCCACAACAUGGUCAAGUUCAUGGAGGACAGAUACGGGGACGUCAGGAAGUAUGGUGAACGGAUCUACAAAAUGCUGAAUAAAGACAGAACAUUCGAGUUAUACCUGAAUCGAUAUCUUGAACGAGAUGUUGUUAACAAACUGAGGCAUACGUUCAGGACAUGAGAGAGAGAGAGAGGUGCAUAGUGUUGAGUUAAGAUUAGUGUACAUUAUUUAGAUGUUGUGAUCAUUAGGAAAAACUCAUAUACAAUAUCAUAUAAAAACAUUUAUUGAUUCACAACUAAUUCUUCGACAUUCAACAACAAGAUAUAGAUACACUGUCCAUUGAUAAAGUGUGCUAUUAUAUAACAAUUGCAAACAUAAAUGUAAAAUCUGAUUUAGGAGUUCAUAAAAGACAUUGUAUAAAAAUAAAACAGAUACCUAUAAAAAUAUUCAACUAGGUAUUCACAGUUUCACAAUAGGUAUAGGUACUUUGGUACUUACUUAACGAUAGGUAGGUAACAAGAAUAGGUAUAAACAUUCAAGGCAAAACACCUACGAUCACAUUAAAUAUGAAGAUACAAACAGAGUUUUAAGUUCAAUGCAAUAACUCAUGUUUCAGCAAACCAAUAUAGGAUUUAUUCGCCAAGUCAAGGUCCCUUGGUUAAAUCUGCCAUUGUCACCUAUUUAAUUGAAUAUUCCGUGAAAAAAAAGAUAUAACUAUUACUCUGCUACUUUCUCAUUGAAUUUCUUGUAUUUUAUAACUCAAUAUUAUUUAUAUUCAUAUUAUUCCCUAUUGAUUAAACAGAAAAACUCUAUAGCUUUCAAUGGCUGAAUUGAAAUAUGAUUUUCAAAGAAAAUAUGACAUACCGGGUAUCAACGAAAUUUUCAGACAAGCCAUGGCUUCCAGAGUUUCUAAUUCUCUCACAUCACUUUCGGAAAGGACCCCAACUUUUGCUUUUCAAUUAGGAUACCCUUUAUUCUAUUCCAUAAUCGUUUAAACUUUUUAUAUUCUCAAUGAGUGUGAAUGAGAAAACAGUUUGGAUAUUGCGUCGUCACACCCAUUGAGUAAUCGUUUAAAAUAACCCUGUUAAUCCCAAUAUCGUUGAUUUCGUUAUGAUUUAUUUAUUUAUUCGAAAUUUGGAAUACUAACAGGCUGUUACCCAUACAAGCAUCCACUAAUUCAAUCAGUUACUGAGCUAAUAACAUUCGUGUCUAUACAAAUACAAAAAUACACCUAAUUACAUAGGAGGUAUGAAAAUGAAAUAUAUGCAAUACGGAAAAAAUAGUGAGCAUUCUCAUUCAUGAUUUCUAAUUACUUAUUAUCGUGAUAUUAGGAAAUAAAAAUGUUUUAGGUAAUUCUUUCAAAGGAAUAUGGGAAAAAUAUUCACAUCAUUGCAAUAUUUGUUGAAUAAAUCACACAUUCUGGGGUCAAAUUUUUUCCUAAAUUUGUUUUAUAAUUGGAGCACGCUAAUGAUUGUCACUAAUUUCGGUGAGUAAUAAUAAUAAUAAUAUAAGUUUAUUCAAAAACGUUUACAAAAUAUACAUUGGAAUAAACAUAAUAGGUAAUUUGAAUAAACUGCCAUAACAGUUUCUUAAUAUUUUGUAAAUGAUAAGUAAAUCACUGAUAAUUCUUCGCUGUUCGAGAAGUUGUAUGUUAUAGUGGGUACGAACCUGUUAUUACACAUCAAUUAGUCAUUUUGAAAUGGAGGAUGAUCCCUAACUGAUUAUGGAAUAGAACACAAGGUGUCCCAUUUGAAAAUCAAAAGUUAGGAUCGUUUCCGGUGAAACCGGAGGUGAUCGGAGAGUAUGAAAUUUCGAAAAAUUUUACAAUUCUUGAAUCAACACCCCUGCCAAGUUUGAAUACCAUACCUUCAGAAGUCUGGCAACUAAGGCUUGUCUAAUGAAUACGUUGACACCCGGUAUAUAUUUUUGGAGAGCCUAUUUUUUGGUGAUUCCCUGAAGUCGAAACCAACUAUGAUUUCUAUUUGAAAUAAUUUGGCAGAUGUAUCUCAAUCUACGUCUGUAGAGAGUUUUUACCGUUAAGAAAACCAUCCAAAAAUAAAAAAGUUAUGCCAUUUUUCGGAAACGGUCAAAUGUCAAAUUUCGAUUAUAUCUCGGAAACGGUUACAGGUAUCAAAGUGCGGUUUUCACCAAUCGAUGUUUCACAAAAAUCAAGCUCCAAAUCACAAGGUCAGUUUUUUCUACAUGUUCUGAAAAUAGAAGAAACUGUCACAAUCAAACAAUUUGGCACACCCAAUACAUAUAAUUCGAUAAUUUCAUAGUGGCCAUUUAAAACUUGAUCUGGCCCCACAUGGUUUUGUCAUCAAUUUAACAGUCGGUUGAUUCAUCACAAAAAAUUCCUUACUGCAUUGAACUAAGAACAUUCAGUACAUCGGAACGAUACAUUUUCAAAAUUUUAAGUUUAAAAUUUCCUUAAACGAUUCGCCAUAGAAAAUAAGCAUCCGCCACCUAGCGGGGAUUUUGAGCUAUCAAAGCGGUCUGUUAACCUUAUUUACAUUUGGUUUUUGAUUGUGCAUACUCUCUGAUUGUGCUUAUUGUUCACAUCCAUGAAAACAAACCGCUUAUAACGAUUGAAAAGAAGGACGAUACAGCCUUCAGGGCCAUCUAAUGGCAAAAGUAUGUUCAUAAGUAGGUAAAUUGGUGAAAUUACCAUAACUUGCGAAUAUGACCCCUACGUCUACCCUACAGAGAAUCAAAAUGUCACAAGUGAUUCAAUGUUCCACUAACAAAAUGAUGAGAUCGUUCAUUUAUUACCGUCAGGUGGGGAGACGUGUUAUUAUCUAUCGCGAAUAGGAGAUCAUAUAGGUAUUGAAUUGAAGAUAUGUACAGAAGAUUGCUGACAUGUUAUUGAAAAGUAGGUAAUAAUCAAUACAUUCAUCAUUUCAUAAUAGAGCAAAAUCCCAUGAACGCCAUACCUUCGUUAUUUGAUUAAAAGCUGGAAGUUUCUCAGCGCAGGUGAGAACGAUGGGCAAAUAUAAAGUUUAGGUCAUGGUGCCUUUGGGAGGUUACAGGGAACAAAGGUGCUAACAAUACCAACUUACUUUCGUCAUACCAUAAAGGGUAAUUUUUUUAUAUUUUAUACGGGAUAAUAUUAGAAACCUUGUCAUCCAUUGCUAGAGACGUUACCAUGGUGGCUACCCCUUGCCAGACACCCUUAAACCUUGAUGAAUUGUAACUUAACUUUCGUUAAAGCAUAAAAGCUGAAUUUCAUACAUGUUACUUGGGUUGAAUGAAGAUGUUUCCUCAGAAGCCAGACAAUUCUGGUGUUGCUAAUGCCUAGCCAGACAGACAUACAGUGUUUUCGUAAAGUACUGAACAACAUCAUUUUCAGUCAAACUAUCAAUUUCUGAAGAAUCUCUUGAAAUAGGUCGACUUUCAAUUUCAAUUUGCCACGUUCAUGCGUUGGAAUUAUCAUGUCUGCGUCAAUUAUUUCAAAUGGAACACCCUAUAUAUUAUUCAAUCUUCGGAAUCUCCAUGGAAAGCUGAAUUCAAACAUGUAUCAGGGGAAAAUGAAAUAGUAUAUUACACACCGAGGUGGGAAGAGAUUCAUUCCUGUCGUGAGAUUAGUUAGUUAACCGAGACGCAAAGCGUCGAGGUUAUAGCUAUGAUCUCGAUACAGGAAUGAAACUUCCUACCGAGUUUGUAAACUAUUUUAUUUACAACCAUCAUAUGUCGGGAAGUGAGGGCGGGAAGUACAGGUGUGUAAUGUGACACUUCCCAACCUUCAUUGGCAGUCCCCGCGAGAUUAACCCGUCGAGUUGAGGCUUCGCACCCUUUCGUGGUCACUUUGGAGAUCUGCAGAACAUCUCUUUCCUCGUUUAUUCAACGAACAGCGAGGCUCUGGAACACAUUGCCAAGGGAGGUGUUCCCCGAGGCAUAUAACCUCCAGGAAUUCAAGAAGAACACCAAUUCCUACCUUAUUUCCCUUGGUUCUCACGAUGUUAUCUGAACAUUACAGGAUAUCCGUUUUCGUGGGAACCAGAACAUAACAACAGGAAAAAUAAAAAAAAAUCCCUGAUAUCUUUUUCAAUAGCUAAAAGCUGAUUAUUUACUUACAGGUACGCACUGAUGAUGACUGUAUAGUCAAGAGCGCUCUGCUACGAGAAAAAUUUGAAUAAAUCAUGUACAAAAUACAACAUUUUGUACUAUCUUGGUAUAUCUACACGUGCACACAGCUAAGUAACCCCCACUUAAAUUUAUUUUUUGCCAAACUAUCCAUUCCAGAGAAAUGUACUGAAACAUGUCGAAUUUUUUUUUUCACAUUUGAGAGGGAAAAUUCAAUAUACAGGGUGAUACACGUCUGAUUCAUAACGUACGCAAUGAUUUUUUCAAAUGGAACACCAUAUACAGGGUUUUUCACCUAAAACUCCGCACGCCAUUAUCUCGAAAACCAAUAGGAAUAUUUGAUUUCUAUAAAUAGUAGUCAAUGGAUGGGGUCAAGUAAAUCUUUUUCGAUCUUCAGAAAAUUCAACGUCUACUAAGAGCUGAGCGUCGCGACGCGUCGAAAAUAUAAAUCGAUUGCAUUGACUUUGAAA